GCCUUCAUCAUAAGGACAACAUCACCAUCACCAUCACCAUCAUCAUCAACAUUUUCUCUCCUCAACCUCCAUUCCCAUCAAGAACAUAAGCGAACGUGAUGGUGCAGUUGCUACACGGGAGGCUCGAUGUGACUAUAUAUGAGGUUGAUACGCUACAAACUCAAACUCUUCCCGGAUGCAAUUUCAAUCUCUGCAACAAGGGAACAUGUACAAGUACGGGGAAGAAAAUUCUGUCACAACUCAAGAAUUGUUUUAUGUGUCAAUGCCAGCCGGCCGAGAUUAUUGGGAUGGGUCUGUAUGCAACAGUUGAUUUAGACAAGGCGCGAGUUGGAAGAACUAGAAUGAUAGAUAACCCGAAAUGGAAUGAAAACUUUCACAUUUAUUCUGCUCAUUCAAUCUCCAAUAUCAUAUUCACGGUUAAACAAGAUAACCCCAUUGGAGCAACACUAAUUGGUAGAGCUUAUGUUCCAGUUGAACAAGUCAUAAAGGGCAACAUAGUAAACACAUGGAUUCAAAUAUUGGAUGUGGAACAUCGUCCAAUACAAGGUGGUUCCAAAAUCCAUGUUCAAAUUCAAUUCUCACAUGUUAAAAAUGAUCCAAACUGGUCACAAGGACUAAAGAGUCCACAAUUUCAAGGAGUUCCUCACACUUUCUUUAAACAAAAUAAUGGUUGCCAAAUCACUCUUUACCAAGAUGCACAUGUUAUAGAUGGUUCUAUUCCGCAUAUUCCAUUGGACGGAGUAGAAAGUUACGUGCCAGGAAAAUGUUGGGAAGAUAUUUACAGUGCAAUUAAUGAUGCUAAGCAUUUUAUUUGCAUAACUGGUUGGUCUGUUUACACUGAAAUAACCUUGAUUAGGGACUUAAACAAGUCAACAAGAACAAGCAUCACACUUGGAGAGCUUCUUAAGAAGAAAGCCAAUGAAGGUGUUAAUGUUCUUAUGCUUGUUUGGGAUGAUAGGACUUCUGUUCCUGAUUUUAAGAAAGAUGGUUUGAUGGAAACUCAUGAUCAAGAAACUGGACAAUAUUUUAGAAACACAAAUGUUCAUUGUGUUUUGUGUCCGCGUAAUCCUGGUCAUGGAAGAAGUAUAGUUCAAGGUUUUGAAAUUUCAACCAUGUUCACUCAUCAUCAAAAGACUAUAAUUGUUGACAGUAGAAUUGUUGGUUCUGGACAACGGAAUAAGAGAACAAUCACAAGUUUUGUUGGUGGGAUUGAUUUGUGUGAUGGAAGAUAUGAUACUAUGGAACAUCCUUUGUUUUCAACUUUGAAUACAGUCCAUCAUGAUGAUUUUCAUCAACCAAACUUCCCAGGUGCUUCUAUUAAGAAAGGUGGUCCUAGAGAGCCAUGGCAUGACAUUCAUUGUAAGCUAGAAGGACCUGUUGCAUGGGAUGUGUUAUGCAAUUUUGAGCAAAGGUGGGAAAAGCAAGUUGGGAAUAAGAAUGUCCCAGUCCCUUCAAGCAUGCUUAGUGAAUAUGGUAUUGCUCGUGUACCGAAUGUUGCAACGACCAAUGAAAACAACAAAUGGAAUGUUCAGUUGUUUAGAUCGAUCGAUGGUGGUGCUGCUUCAGGCUUCCCUCAAGAUCCAAGAGAAGCUUGUGAAAAAGGUCUUGUUAGUGGAAAAGAUAACAUCAUUGAUAGAAGCAUUCAAGAUGCCUACAUAAACGCCAUUCGACGAGCGAAAAACUUCAUCUACAUAGAAAAUCAGUAUUUUCUCGGGAGUUCAUAUAGUUGGAAAUCAUCUGAUAUUAAAGUUGAGGAUAUUGGUGCUUUGCAUCUUAUACCAAAGGAACUUUCAUUGAAGAUUGUUAGCAAGAUUGAAGCUGGAGAGAGAUUUUCUGUGUACAUUGUCAUUCCAAUGUGGCCAGAAGGUAUACCUGAAAGUGCUUCAGUUCAGGCUAUAUUAGAUUGGCAGAGAAGGACUAUGGAAAUGAUGUAUUCUGAUAUUGCGGAAGCUCUUCAAAGAAAAGGAAUCAGAGGCAACAACCUAAGAGAGUACUUGACAUUCUUUUGCCUUGGAAACAGAGAAAGUAAGAAAAAUAAUGAAUAUACUCCUACAGAAAAACCUGAACCUGACAGUGAUUAUAGUAGAGCACAAAAUUCUAGAAGAUUCAUGAUAUAUGUUCAUGCCAAAAUGAUGAUAGUUGAUGAUGAAUACAUAAUCAUUGGUUCUGCAAACAUAAACCAAAGAUCAAUGGAUGGAGCUAGAGACAGUGAGAUUGCAAUAGGUGCAUUCCAACCAAACCAUAUAGCAUCCAAUAAUAGGCCACCAAAAGGACAAAUAUAUGCAUUCAGAAGAUCACUAUGGUAUGAGCACCUUGGAGAUAUUGGUGAUACAAGCCACUUUGAUAAUCCAGAAAGUUUGAACUGCAUCAAUCUUGUGAAUCGUUUUGCUGGGACCAAUUGGGACAUAUACUCAAAGGAUACAUUUGAGGAAUACAAGUAUUCAUUUCAUCACCUCAUGAGAUAUCCAAUAGAAGUAACUAAUAAUGGAGCCAUAACAACUCUUCCAGGAUUUGAAUGUUUUCCUGAUACUAAGGCUAGGAUUUUGGGUUCAAAAUCUGAUUACCUUCCUCCAAUUCUCACCACCUAAACAGGAACUUAUAUGUGUAACAUAGCUUGAGAUAAAACAUUGAAAAGUUGAAACAUGUAAUUACAUAUUGAAAAUUGAGUGUGCAUUCACAUAAA